AUGGAGUCCCCGGGUCCGGUCCCUGUGCUCCGGCUCCCACUGCUGCUGCUCCUGCUGCUGCUCCGCCUGAGCACCGCGAGCCGCAAACACGGCUGCCUCUUUGAGGAUGAUCUAUGUGAGCCACAUGAGGUUUGCAUCAAUGAUGGGGUGUUUGGUCAAUGUCAGUGGUUUCCUGGUUCAGAUCUUUACACCUACGAUGCAUCUCCAGCAGCACUGCAGCGUCUGAGGAACCUCCUUCAGCAACUCACCCAGCAAGGUUAUACAUGGCAGGAUGAAGCUACACAGCAGAUAAUAUCCAGAGAACUGCUAGGGUUGCCUAAGAUCCCCCUGCAACGCCUCAGUAAAAACUUUCCAGCUCCCAAGUUACGAGCUCAGAAUAGUGAUAGCAACAACAGGAAGUACCUACAGGAACUUGGCUUCUUACCUGCGGAUAUCAUGUCCAACAAACAGGGCCUUCAAGGAAAGUACAAAAGUAAAGGACUAUCUGAUCUCGUGGAUUUGAUUAAGGAUCCCAAAGAAAGGCCACCUCCACCUCCAUCAGUUUCCAUACUUCAGCCUCGUCCUGGUGUUAAAAACUCAUACUGGACUAGACUCAAACCAGCAGACCAAACUGAACUCCUGGACCAGACUGGCCUCCUCUCCGAGCUGCAGCAGUACCUGUCAGAAGCAAAACAACGACCUGCAGGUCCAUCUCAGGAAGAGCUCCAGUACUUUAGUCUUCAGCACAGCUCUCCUGCCAAAGCAGGGAAAGUUCCAGGUGGUUCAAGGCAACCUCCUCCACCCAGAAUUGACAAACUGUUGUUUAGGUCACGACCAAACCGGCCAACACCUCAAGGCUCCCUCAGCUCGGUGGAUGAGAAGUUCAUCCAAGGUGUAGUGAAGCAGCUCGGGCAACAAAGCAUUGACAUGGAUACCCUGACCCCGAAUGACCUUGACCAGCUCUCUGAGGUCAUCACUCAGGCCCUGCAGGUGGUGGAUGAUGUGGAAGGGGUCAAAGGUCACAAGGUCAUGGUAAAUGAUGAGGUUGAGAUGAAGAGGGAGCCUGGUGCGUGGGGACAGCUUGGGAAAAUGUCUGGAGAGGAGUUCAUGCCCAAAGAUGGACAAACUAAAGAAAACGGGCCAGAGUCAGAGGGGAAGGACAAAGUUUUUAUCAGUCAGCUCCUAGACUUCCUGGAUAAGAACUCAGGCCCUGAGGCUUCAGAUGAUCCCCAGGCUGAACCAUCCCUCCUGGGCUCUCUCAGUCUCCCACAAACACCCUCAGGUCUAAAAUCAGCUGGAGUGGAGAUUGUUCAGAGUCGAACCACUCAGACCAGUGUGGACUUGACAAAAAAGAAAAUGGAGCCAGACAUGUUGGAUCUGCAGCCCACAGAAGAUGCUGAAAUGGAGCAGUGGCUCCAUGGUGAAGAAGCUGUGGAUGCAGAGGCUCAGCGGAAGGAGAACAAUGCAGAAGAAGAGGAUGUAGAGAAGAAAGGUGGACAUGUGGAGAAGAAGUUCAGGGUGGAUAUGACGGCGUACUCCACCCCUCAGCAUGAUGGGUACUUUGGCUACAUCAUCACACAGGAUUCUCUUUCCACUGAUCAGGGUCUAAACCUGAUGGAAACCUUGGCUAAGAGAGCUAACCUGCGUGUGACCGACUUCCUCCAGCUCUCGGUUCUGGGUCCUGCAGUAACGUUCAGACUGAAGCCCAACGCUGGGAACAUCACUACAGCACUGCUGGCUCGAGUGGCAGUUGAGCAGAAAGGCCAGUUGGAGAAGGAAAGCGGCGUGAAGAUUUUGGAAGCCGGACUGAGUGAUAGGUCCAAGCUGAAUCACAUCCCCGUGGUGAAGCAGAGCCGCCUCGAACCCAGCAACUUCCUGGUUCUCGUCCUGGUCUCCAUGGCGUUUGUUGCUGUGGUGCUCGGCCUGUCGGGGGCGCUCUUCUGCAUGCGCCACCGCUCCGGUUACGAGCUGAAAGAGAAGCUGGUCGGCAUGGCAACAGACACGGGGAACGAUGCCACGGCGACCUAUCAGGAUCUGUGUCGUCAGCGUAUGGCAGAGCGCAGCUCCGAGGUUUUCCAUCACACUACACACACGUCACGCAUCAACAGUGUGUCAUCACAGUUCAGUGAUGGAGCCACACAGAGUCCAUCAGCGCGGAGCAGCACGUCAUCAUGGAGCGAAGAACCGGCACACAGCAACAUGGACAUCUCUACAGGACACAUGAUCCUGGCAUAUAUGGAGGAUCACCUGCAGAAUCAGGAUCGUUUGGAGAAGGAGUGGGAAGCUCUGUGUGGUUAUCAGGCCGAGCCGGCCGCUUGUUCUGCAGCUCAGGAGAAAAACAACGCCAAGAAGAACCGACCCAACGGUGUGCUCGCAUACGAUCACUCCAGAGUGAUGCUGAAGGCUGAGAAUAACCAGAGCAGCUCAGACUACAUCAACGCCAGCCUAAUUAUGGACCAUGACCCUCGUAACCCAGCCUACAUCUCUGCUCAGGGCCCUCUGUCAUCUACGGUGGCUGACUUCUGGCAGAUGGUGUGGGAGAGCGGCUGUGUGGUGAUUGUCAUGCUAACACCGUUAGCCGAGAAUGGAACCAAGCAAUGUCACCAGUACUGGCCAGACGAAGGGUCGGACCUGUACCAUAUCUAUGAGGUCAACCUGGUGUCAGAGCACAUCUGGUGUGAGGACUUCCUGGUGCGCAGUUUCUACCUGAAGAACGUCCAGACCAAUGAGACACGUACCGUAACUCAGUUCCACUUCCUGUCCUGGAUGGAUCACAAUGUUCCUGAGUCAGCUCGAACCCUGCUUGAUUUCCGCAGAAAGGUUAACAAGUGUUACAGGGGACGCUCGUGUCCAAUAAUCAUCCACUGCAGUGAUGGAUCAGGGAGAAGUGGAACAUACAUCCUAAUCGACAUGGUACUGAAUAAAAUGGCCAAAGGUGCUAAGGAGAUUGAUAUUGCUGCCACUCUGGAACAUCUGAGGGAUCAGAGAGCAGGCAUGGUGCACACCAGGGAACAGCUUGAGUUUGCGCUGACCGCCGUGGCCGAGGAGGUGAACGCCAUCCUCAAAGCUCUGCCGCAGUGA